AUAGACGUUUAAAUUCAAGUAUUUCCUAAGUCAUUCCUCGGGAUAGCGCUAUUCAUAUAUUUACAGUCUAGUGAUAAUCAUGUUUGUCGAAUUUGUUGUGAUUAUUCUACUUAUGUCGGGAAUCAAAUCAACACCACCAACUUUAGAGGAUCUUACAGCACUGAAAUGCAGAAGCGAGAAACCCUUCCUAUGUCUGCCGUACGGCGUCUGCUACAAUGCCGACAGUUUUUGUUACCAUGGUUCCAUCGAGUCUUGUUUCCCUGGCAACAUAACAGCCGAGCAGCUAGAGCAGUGGUGCAGGUCCAUUGGCCAACACAGGCCGGAGUUGAUGAGAGACACUGCACUGUGUAGCCUCGCAUGUCAAGCCAGGUUCUCUUCACUGGACUUGUCAAAUGCUGUGGAGAAACUGGUCAGUAUAAAAUGUCCAGCAGACAAGCCACUAAAGUGUCUCCCUGCCGGCAUCUGUCAUGGCUUUGACGAGUACUGCCAUGCUGGACAAAACAAAUCAUGUUUUGAUGGGGGGAUGUCGGAGGGGGAACUGUUGCGGUGGUGUCAGGUCCAUGGGCAGGAUGACGUCAGUUCACUGCCAGACCCAUCCUGCAAGUUUGCCUGUCAGACAAAGUUUGCAACUUUAUUUCAUCCAGCCACAGACGCGUGGACGAGCAGAAAUAUUGCCAUCGGUAUGGGAGUACUUGCACUCGUGUUCUUCGUGUGGGCGUGCACUUGCACUGUGUGGCUGUUGGUAAAACACAGAGAAGUUUUCUGUGUAGGUCAGCCUAAAGAAGAGAUAGAGCUUGAAGAAGUUAGGCCACAUGGGAGAGAUGAACCGGGCCAACCACCGGCUAAUUUAGGAGAUCAAGCCAAUCUGGCAGCAGCUGAUCCUUCCUAUGUGCGUCUUGACGCGCUAGCUGAAACACCGUCAACACCACAGGACAUCGACAUAGGACAAGACCCAGAAAUCACGGACAACCUGAGAAAUGACCUGUUGACAAAUAACGUGGCACCAAGCAGCCACCCAGGGGCACAAGUUAGUGUGGAGAUCCAUAACCCUGGCAUUGACCUCACGCCAACCAAUGAGACUCAGCCACUUUUAACAAAUCCUAUCCCUACGUAAACUUGUGGCACAGUACUGCCAACAUAAACUCUUGAAAUCAGGCUUACCCGUCAGUCAAGUGGACAGUCACAUGACUUCAGUCAAAUGGUCAGUCAUGUGACUUCAAAUAGCUUCAAGCAUCUGAUUCAAAUGCUGAUGAUUUACUCAGCGAGUUAUAAGAGUGGGUGACCCACCCAUAUACUGACCCUUUAUCUGACCAGAAUUUAAAGCAGACCAAACAGAAGACCAGAGUAAAACCAGAGCCAGUCCUGUAGUUUGGUGAUCACCCUGGGUAGGUCUAGCCCAGCCCCCCCCCCCCCCCCUCCAGCUUAAAGGUUUCUGUACCAAAUAAUUGAAUGUGAUAUUUUUAAGUUUUGAAACUGUACACCUUAAUGAUCUGUAGUUUUAAGGUUAUGAAUACAAAAUGUGUAAUGUGUCUUUAAAUAAAUUCGUUAAUUUUGCAUUACAUAAUUUCCAUUGCACUAUUUUUAUCAUGCUUGUAGAGGGUUACUGAUAUAAUGAAUACAUAUUGAUAUAAUGAAUACAGAUACAGAUUGAUAUAAUGAAUGUAUACAGAAAUAAAACA